AUGAACGAGGAGGAAGAACUACCUUCCCUUCCUCUCUCCUGUGUUCACGCUGUCCAGCAUACAAGACUGAAGUCAAACUUUCCAACUACAAGCAGGCUGCAUUAUGCAGCUAGGCGAAAAACACAGACACCACCCUCCCCAGUAGCUGAAGAGAUAAGCGCCCAAGGGGAGAGGGAGAGAUGGAGGCAAGCCAGUUUGCAGGCUCUGAUUGGGUGGCUCCUCGCGCAGGCGUCUGAGGUGCUGAAACCAAGCAAGCUGCAAGCAGGCCGCGACGUUUUGUCAAGGAAACAGGCGUGUUUACAGUUACUACGUCCUCUACUCUCCAUAGCGUCUCUGACCCCGCCCGUAACCGUCCAGGAGCACCUUGCUGCCCAGCGCCAUCCCCAGCCAGACGGGGGUUUAAAGUCAUGCCUGUGCGCUGGAAGGGAUUGAGUGAAUACAAGAAGAACUUCAAAUGGAGGAAAUUGGAUCAAUCUAGGCUUUGUAGCCCUGCACAGGAGCAAAAAUGGCAAUGGGCUGGACUUCGAUCAGAUGAGCUUGGAAUUUCAAGAGAACCAAAUUUUAUUUCUAAGAGAAGAGUGCCUUAUUACAACACACAGAUUGCAAAGUCCUUUGAGUGGAAUGGGGACAAUGAUUCAGAGAAAGAUACAUCAUCAGCAUAUGAAGUUCACCAGCCAUUGAAGUUGCAUACAAAUGACAGCAAAGAUGAUACAAAUCAGGAAAAAAUCAAAACACCUGAUGCACUCCGGCUUCCUGAAAAAAAACAUUCCAACUCCACAGGUUCUAGAUCUGAAUCAACGGUAGCUUUUGCAGAAAGCAAGAAGUCAUCACCCAAAACUACAGGGCAUGAAGACAAGAUACUACCAUCUACCAAAAAGGAAUUAGGAGAAACAGUCAAUGGACUUAACAAAGUUUUGCAGAGGAAAGCAGGCAUGAAUAUUUCACGGUCAAGGAGCUUCCCCAGAAGUUCUGAGUAUCAACGGCAGUUUGUUUGGAAAACCCCACAAAAGCUAUCUCCAGUACUAGCAGCAGACAAGGUUAUUCACAGUGCAAGUAAAUCCAUCCCACCAUUUAAGACUCCUGUCAUUAUUCAUGAAACUGAAUAUGAAAGAAGUUUCAAAACUUCACCCCCUGUGAAAGAACUGAAACAGAGAAGUUGUUUGGAAGAGAGUGAAUGUCCUGGAUCAGAACCUGUAGAAAUCUCCUCUGGAGAAAAGAAUAAGAAAAAGGAAACAUUUUCAAAGUCUGCAGAAGAUCAGUCAAGGCAAAGCAAAUCGGAAGCAAAGCAGAAACAGCAGAAACAAAAACAUAAGUCACUUGUUUUACAUAGAAAUGUUAGGAAAAUGAACACGGAAUACAGAUCAAAUUUUUUGUCUCCAGCUCAGUACAUGUACAAAGAUGGGGCUUGGUUACAUGUUAGGAGACACAUACCUGAUCAGGGUUCUCAAAACACCCUAAAUACCAUGUGGUAUAUGGAGGUGAAAGAACUUCGAGAGAAAGCAGAGGCUUACAGGCAAAGAAUUCGUGGUACACACUUUUCCAGAGAUCAUUUAAAUCAGAUUCUGUCUGAUAACAACAGGCUUUGGGAUUUGUCCUCUGAUUCCAGCGCAGAAGAAAUAAUUAGCAACAAUGUCAGAGCUCUAGAUCUUGCCGGGGUCCCUGAGAAAAAGCUCUCUCCAGGUCCUAAGUUCUUGCCACAUCCUGAAUUGUCAGAACAGUUCCAACAGAACAACACUGGAAAAUUAGGCAUGUCAGAUGCUACCACUGUUCCAGUCAAGCGGCGUCUAGUUUGGGGUGAACCAGGCAAUGAUGAGCAAUUGGAAAAUCAGCCAGCAACGUUAGAGGAAGGAGAGGAAAAAGAAAGUAAGCAGGAAUCGGAAGAGGCUGAAGAACUGGAAGAAAAUAAGGAUGCCAAUACAGAUGACCAGCAAGAAGAAAACAUGAAUUCCCCAGGUGAUGUGGCAGAUUCUUCUUCAGUAUCCUCAAGAGGGGGGGGCAGGCUUGCUACUCCACAGCUAAGAGCACUUGGUGGAGCCCAAAGAACACAUCAUGACCUUACAACACCAGUUGCUGGAGGUGCUGUUUUAGUAUCUCCUCCGAAAGGAAAGUCUUCAUCCUCGUUACAAGUAAGGAAGGGGUCUUCAGAAAAGCAUCCCUUGGCAAAUCAAAUCUCAAGAGAGGACUUAAAAAGAAAAUCUAGUAGGGAAGAAGGGGAUGCUACAUCACAGAGUCCUUUUCCAGCUGCUGGGCUAAAAACUUCGGAUCCUUUGCCAGUAAGGAAAGACCAGUGGCCCAGUCAAGAUGCUUCUGGUGUAAGGAGCCCUCCAAGUUCAGUACAUUCAGAGCAGACAGCUAAAGUCCCUGGGCUAAAGUCACCCAAGGAUCCUGCUGUACCUUAUUGGAGUCCAUUGUGCCGCAUUCAAGGAACUCUCAGGGAUCCUGAGUUUCAGCAUAACGGCAAUGUUGCAAGCCCAAAACGGAGCUGGUUGCAAUUACCACUUCAGGAGCGAAACUGUAACGAUGAAGAUGGUGAUGACCGAUUGUCCCAGCUAUCUGCUCGAUCUGCUGCUUCUAGUUCCCUUGCAUCUCAGGUUCUAGAACGAGCUCAGAGGAGAAAAGAGAACUUCUGGGGCAAAAUGUGAUUGUGUUCUGCUAUACUUCUGAACUAUUUUGUACCUUGAUGUUUUAAAAACAGUUUGUGAAAAUUAUUUCCUGCUGAAUUCAGGUUGUUUACAUCUCCCACUUUGGUAAAAGGGUCUGAUUUUAGGAAAUGCUGGGUAUUCACUACACCCUUUAUCUUAGAUAUAGUGGUGGGUCACCUGUGACCCUCCAGAGGUUUUUGGACGACAACUUCCCUCAUCAUUGGCAAUGCUGGUUGGGGCUGAUGGGAGCUGAGAGUCCAACAACAUCUAGAGAUGGCCAGAGGUUAGAUCCUGGGAUGGGAUCUGGGAAUGCACAACCUGUCUUGAAAUUGCCCUCUACCUCACAAAAUCAUUUAAAAAUGUUUAUAGCUAUAGCAUAACAUGUUUCUAGUUUGUUGAGGAAUUUUUAAAGACUCACUGUCUUUUUUUUAAAUGACAACGUAGCAGAGAAAUGUCACCAUGCUACCAAGUGUUCAUCUUAUCCUCUACCACAAAUAGUAGACCAAGCAUACCCAGUGAAGUAAGAGUAAGCAUAAGGCUGAAAGAGGUAUUGGUUACCUUCAUUAAUUCCUUGACCCCUCCAUCUCUUGAUUACUCACCAAGCCCAAAUAUCUAAUUCCCACCUAGGAUAUUUACAUAAAUCUUCUAGAUUCCUUAUAUCAGACUUGCCAGCACUAAUCUUUAUGCCCCAGUGCAGUCUUGGCACUUACUCAAGUCUACAAAGCUGUUGGCUGUGGUUCUGUUGAUGGGUCUAACAUGAUUUUGACCUGGUUGUGUUUGCCAAGAUUCCAACAGUAAUGAAAUUAGUGUGGCUUCUGUGGCUGUCUUGGCAAUAUCAAACUAUCUCGGUUUUGAUUACGAGAUUACCAUGUAAAAUGUAUUCACAGAAGUUACACCACAGCAUCCUGUUAGACUUUAGCACUGUUCUCAGUAUACAUUUCAGAGUCACUCUCCUUCACCUGUUAGCAGUUUAAUUAUAGUGACCAAGUUAAAUCUUGGUCCAUAAUACUUCAUAAUACUCCAGAUAACGAAGUACAUGAGCAGUAUGUGAACCUAUCUAAGUAUUCUUGAACAUUCCACAAAAAUAGGUUCUUCGGCAAAUUAUAGGUCAAACAAGGCAUCUCACCAUUCAUGCAAUUAGCAAUUGUUUAGCUGUUAAAUAGUAAAUUGGAGGUGUAGGGGCCUUGCUUUGGAUUGGGACUGUCAUUGGGGACAAAGGGUUAAAGCCCUGCUGCCCCCAUGCCAGGGCCCCUAUCUGGGCCCCCUUACCUGCAGUUUAAUCACUUGUGCCGUUUGCUAAUUGUGUGAAUAGAACUGUGUCUAUUUUGGACCUAUUUGUUGUAUAUAAAUCACAGUUGUGUUUCUUUGUCGUGAUAACUUUGGGGUUUGCACACAUGAUCACUGUUAGCCUUAUUAGAAAUAUCCUUACUGAUGACAAGAUCAGUUUUAAAUGUUAUCUUUAGAUACUACUAGCAUCACCACACCGGAUUCUUCUUAAGACUCAGGAAAUUUGAAAUAACUGAACUCUCACAAUGCAGUGUUGUCUUUUUGUGGUGUUUCAAUUCUUUUUUUAGCUUACUAUUUCUGAAUUAUUGGCAUUAUUGUAAAAAGAUUUUUAAAGCUAGAAUACGUUGAUUCUUUCCUUUCACAGGUUACCCCAUAGCAUUUUAACAUUUAAUAGAUACGGUUGAUAAAGAAGUGAUAGAACUUUUGUCAGUGCCGUAACUAGGCAGGUGCAACAGGUGCACAGGCACAGGACCCAGGACGAAGGGGGCCCUGAAAUGGAUUUGCUGAAAUGAAAAUUAUUUAUAAACAAUUGUUAUAUUGUAUUUGUUUUAUUAUUAUUUCCCUCCCCCAAAAAAUAAGGGCCCCAAAAAUAAAACCUUGCACAGGGCACAUGAAAAGCUAGUUACGCUACUGACUUUUGUUAAUAGUUUUAAAAUAAUUGUUAGAUUUGUAUGGUGAAAAAUGAACUUUUGUUAUGUGUUUUAAAAUAAAAAUC